AAAAAAGUCACGCCUUUCCUAAUUAAAAAAAAAAAUAAAAUAAAAUAAAAUAAAAUAAAAUAAAAUAAAAUAAAAUAAAAAAAAUAAAAAAAAUAAAUAAAUAAACCAUUUCUUAUUUUAUUAUUUGUAUAUUAUUAUGGUAGCUGUCACUAAGAACGCUGCAAAAGCAGAUAUUGGUGGAGUUGUAGACACAAUUAACAGAAGAGUUUCUGGAAAAAGCUGGAAAAUUCAAAAGACAGCUACUGCUCGUAAUCAACAACCUAAACAACUUCGUAAAACUUGGGAACAAAGAUCAAAGGAAAGAGCUAGAAAUGAAGCAACAAAAUCACUAGAAAGAGAAUUGAAAGCUGAAAAACAAGCUGCUAUAGAUGCUAAACGUGCAGCUAGUUUAGAACGUAAAAAGAUGAGAGAAGAAAAGGAAAGAAUGGAAGCUUUAGCAGCUAAAAUGUCAGCUAAACGUCUUGCAAGACUUAAGAAGAAGGAGCUUAGAAAAAAGGCUAGAAUCUAAAAAAAAAUAAUAAUACCAUUAUAUAAAGUUUUAAGAGAAAGAAAUGCUAAUAUAUAUAAUAAAUAUGCUUUUUUUUGCUAUAAUAUA